CAAGAACUUCAAAAUAGGGGAAGCACCUUGUCCAUAUGUGUUUUUCAAUCUUAGGUGAAUCCAAAGAAAAAGCCACUAAACUCACCUAAUCUUUGAAUUUUCAAUCUUCCAAACCUAUAUAAAUUCAAAUUUUAAUGUGUCACUUCUCAACUUGGCAUUCACCUCUGAAACCACAAAGACUACAGAAAUGGAUUCUUCCCCACCUUUACUGAAGAAACCUUCCUCAGAUGUAACCCUAACCCUAACCCUAAACUCUCAUCCUCCGCCCGAAACCCUAAAGCCUGAAGACCGGGGCCUACGCCUAAUCCAGUUACUUCUAACAUGUGUGGCCCAUGCAUCCUCCGGCAACCUGCACCGCGCCGACACAUGCCUGCGCCACAUUUCCCACCUCUCAUCUGUGUCCGGUGAUUCCAUGCAGCGGCUAGCGGCCUGGUUCGCCUCAUCCCUUGCAGCCCGCCUCAUCAAACGUUGGCCGGGCCUCUACCGUGCACUAAGUAGGCCCCACCACCCCACUGGGCCCACUGGACCCAGAGCAUGGCUCGCGUUCUCCCGCGCACUCCCUUACCUAGGUUUUGCCCACACCAUCAUCCAACGGACCGUGCUUCGGGCCAUGUCGGAUGAACAAGUGGUCCACAUCAUCGACAUCGGAUCGGGCGAUCCCAAUCUGUGGGCCCCACUUCUCCUGGCCUUCGCCCUAUCAUCAAGUGGGCCACCCCACUUAAAGAUCACUUGCAUAAAUGCCAACAGAGAUGUGUUGGACAAUUUGAGUGCUAGGCUUGUGAAAGAGGCUGAAGUUUUGGACAUUCCUUUCCAAUUCAACCCUUUGAACGUUGGCUUAAAAGAUGUGACCAUAGACAUGCUCAAGGUUCGGACCGGAGAAGCUGUGGCCGUCUGUUCUGUGCUAAGCUUACACACCUUGUUGGCAGAGGAUGAUCUUGUGGGCCCACCAUGUUUUGGGGCAGAUCGAGUCACCAAUGUUGUUAGACCCUGCAAGCAAAUGGAUAGGUUCAUGUCCAUGGUCCGGUCUAUGUCGCCCAAGGUGUUCUUGCUUGUCGAGCAAGAGUCUGAUCACAACUCGGCUCGCCUGGUCGACCGGUUCCUUGAGGGGCUACACUACUACAGUGCAAUGUUCGACUCGGUGGAGGCCGCGGCAGGGUCCAUGACAUGCCAUGAGAGGCUGGCAGUGGAGGAGAUGCUUGGGAGGGAGAUUGAAAGUGUUGUGGCAUGUGAGGGCGUGGAGAGGGAAGAAAGGCAUGAACGGGCUGCGAAAUGGAUGGUCAGGAUCCGGCGAUCGAGGUUCAGGCCAGUGCGAUUGUGGGGCGAAGCCAUGGAUGAAGGGAGGCGAAUGGUUGAGUCUUUUGGGAGGGAUGGCUACAAAGUUGUGAAUGAGAAGGGAUUUUUGAUGAUAUGUUGGCAUGAACGGCCCAUAUAUGCAGUGUCUGCGUGGCAAUGUUCGUAAUUUUGUUCUCCAUUGUUUGUUUUUAGAGGACCACAUAAUCUAGCUUGACCCUUCAUUAGUAAUGUGAUC